AGGAGCGUGAGUUCAAAAAGUUGUUUGCUGUGUUUCAUUCAGAUAUGCCGAAACGGCAAGCGAGUAGUCACAAUUGUGUUUUUUUAUUCAGUCCCACAGACAAACUUUAGCGUCCCGUAUGAAGGAAAACUGACGGGAUGACUUGUCAACACAUCUGGAGUUGCCUAAUAAUCGCGAGGUACAUUCGUCAAAGCUGAAAGCUUUAUUAGCAUGCCGCCUCCACAAGUCCUCCAACCGGUUCUCAAACUGAAGGUGGAUGAGCUGUUCCUCAACUGGUUGAGCGAUCCUGAAACUCAGCUGGUCCUCAAGGAAUACCUUGACCAGAUCAAAAAUGGACAAUAUAGGAGCUCAGGCGGGGAGAACAGUCAGGCUGACAAGUCAUUGAGCUUCAACGAAAACAACAACAUUGCAUCCCAGAAGAAUCUGGUGGAGAAAAAGCCGGCUUCACUGGGCAACCCUUCCGGCUCCGCAUCCAACAGUACCCUGCCAUCCGGCAGUAACAGUAAUUCCAGAGUACCAGGACCUGGUGGCAGAUUACUACGCCGCUCCGUCAGCUCAAAGAAAGCCCAGGUGAGGACGGAAGUGCCGGUCACCACGGCCCAGAGUGAAAACAUUCCCAAGUUCUACUUCCCACAGGGCCGGCCCCAAGCCAACCUCAACAUCGACGGCCUCAUUUCCAGAAUUGAGAAAACAUUUUCCCAAUUUCCAAAUGAAAGGGCCACCAUUGAGGAUAUGGGGGCGGUUGCCAAGGCCUGUGAGUGUCCCCUCUACUGGAAAGUGCCAUUGUUCUGCUUGGCUGGAGGCGACAGGACGGGUUUCGUGUCUGUUCACAAGUUUGUGGCUGUGUGGAGAAAAACUCUGCAGACCUGCCACGAUGAUGCUUCUAAAUUUGUGCAUCUCUUGGCCAAGCCGGGCUGUAAUUACCUGGAACAAGAUGACUUUAUUCCAUUCCUGCAGGAUGUUGUGAACUCCCACGCAGGCCUGGCCUUUCUGAAAGAAGCCCCAGACUUCCACUCGAGAUACAUCACCACGGUGAUUCAAAGGAUAUUUUAUAAUGUGAACCGCUCAUGGACGGGGAAAAUAACAUGUAAUGAGCUCAGGAAAAGUAACUUUCUUCAGAAUGUGGUGCUGCUGGAGCAGGAGGAGGAUGUCAACCAGCUGACGGAGUAUUUCUCCUACGAGCAUUUUUAUGUGAUCUACUGCAAGUUCUGGGAGCUGGACAGUGACCACGACCUCUACAUCGAUCAGAAUGACCUGGCGAGGCACAACGAUCAAGCUAUUUCACAGAGAAUGAUUGAGAGAAUAUUCUCAGGAACAGUGACCAGGGACAGACGAGUGCGCAAAGAGGGGAGGAUAAGUUAUGCAGACUUUGUCUGGUUUCUUAUUUCUGAAGAAGACAAGAAGACCGACACCAGUAUAGAGUAUUGGUUUCGCUGCAUGGACCUGGAUGGGGACGGGGUCCUGAGCAUGUAUGAGCUGGAGUACUUCUAUGAGGAGCAGUGUCAGAAGCUCGAGGCCAUGGCCAUCGAGCCGCUGCCCUUUGAGGACUGCCUGUGCCAAAUGUUUGACCUCGUCAAGCCGGAGGUGGAAGGUAAAAUCACACUUCGUGACCUCAAGAGGUGCAAGUUGUCCCACAUAUUUUUUGAUACCUUCUUCGACAUCGAGAAGUACCUGGAUCAUGAGCAGAGAGACCCUUUCUCUGUAAUCAGGGAGGCGGAGACAGAAGGUCAGGAGGUUUCGGACUGGGAGAAGUACGCGGCAGAGGAAUACGACAUCCUAGUGGCGGAGGAAGCCGCCAACGACCAGUGCAAUGAUGUGUACGAAAACCCUUUGAACUCUUUGGGGCAACACAUCUCCAGCGAUCUGGGCCUGACAAAGAGACACUUCUUUGAGAUCCCCAGUUCGCACUGCAACCUGGACCUGGACGAAUACGAGUACGAAGAAGACUUCGAAUGACGCUUGCGGCUCCAGGGUGUGUUUUACGAAGCUGCUGUGCACCUUCCCGCCCCCAGAAGUCCAUGCGUGCCAUCGAUGGUGUGAGAGGCUGACAGGCAUUCUGCUGAGAUCCUGCUCAACAGGACGCACUAAACCAUCGCAAAAAUCAGAAAAAAUAAAGUUCCAAACAUCCGAACAAGAAAAAAACACACAUUUUUUCUAAAAUCCGACUUCACUCUGCUGUGCGUUUGCUGUCCUUUUCGUGAGGUUUUCUCCUGAAUAAUGACGCUUUUUAAAUUGUUGGACAAGAAACCGUGCCCACUUCACGCAGGGAUCAAACGUCUUGGUUAAUUUUACAUUCCAAUGAUUAUGUCAAAGGGUGUUUUUUAUUUCAAGAUCUAGCAAAUAAAAAAAGUAAAAAAAAGUGGUGGAGCCCAAAAAAGGUCUCUGCUAAUGCCAAACAAACCACUGGAGAGCCUUCCGUAAACAUUAGCACGGACUGCAGCACACACUGUAUACGACACAGGCCUUAACUCGCUUCGAUUUAUACGUUUGAGAUGUAGUUAUUAAGUCUAGAAAUGAAUUUAUAAAGUACUGUACAUAUUUAUUUUGAGCUUGCCGUGUUGUGAAUGACAUGGGGUUAUAGUUUGUUAAAGAGAUACUUUAUCUUUUGAGAACAAUGUUUGCUUUUUCUUUGACUUAAUAAAGAUUUUGUUGUUGAAAAAGUGAAGAA